AUGGCCUCGUCGUCCGCGGCCUCGUUUAAGCUCGACCCCGCCGCGCUCCGACGCUCCCUCGUCGAGGGCGCGGCGACGCGCCAGCACGCGCGCGCGCCCGUCGCGACGCCGCCCCCGCGCCCCUCGAAGGCGCCCACCGAGCCGCGCGUCGUCCCCGUGGCGGACAUCUCGCACGUCUACGGCAUGCUCUACCCGAGAUCCCUCGUGGAAGGGAACGCGGGCACGUCCACGGUAUCGCUCGCGGCGGCGCUUCGAAAACGCGACCGCGCGUCUCGAGCCCGCCGCGACGCCUUCGCGUGCGCGAUCCACGCGACGCCGCGGCGGACGGAGCACUGCGAGGCGGCGACGGUCGCGGUGAACGCCGCGAUCGCGAGGUACCACGAGGCGACGGCGGCGCCGGGAGGGGACGAGGACGGCACGCUCUCGGACGUGGUCAACACGUCGCUGAAGCAGUCAGAGGCGUGCGACAUCGACUGGCUCGACGACAAGAUCGAGUGA